AGGCCAUCCAUUUUCCUGUCGUCUGUUAUCCGCGCACUAAUGAAGGCGUUGAUACUAAUCGGCGGUUAUGGCACUAGAUUACGUCCCUUAACACUCAGUAUUCCCAAACCACUAGUCGAAUUCGCAAACAAACCAAUGUUACUACAUCAAAUCAAAGCUUUACUUGAAGUUGACAUUACUGAAAUUAUCCUUGCAAUCAACCGUGAAGCUGAAGUUUUGGAAUCGAGUAUAAGAGAAAGUUGUGAUAAAGUAAUUCAAAACACCAGUGUAAAAAUUGUAUUUUCUUACGAAAAGGAAGCACUGGACACAGGAGGUCCACUUGCACAGGCGGCGCCAUUUUUAGCAGGAGAAAGGUUUUUUGUUCUAAACAGCGAUAUCAUUUGUAAUUAUCCUUUCAAACGAAUGCUAGAAUUCCACUUAUCUCAUGGAAAAGAGGGUACAAUGGCAGUCACAAAAGUUGAAGAGCCGUCAAAGUAUGGUGCUGUGGUGCACAAUGAUCAAACAGGUCUUGUAAAACGUUUUGUCGAAAAACCAUCGGAAUAUGUCGCUAACAGAAUUAACGCUGGACUCUACAUUUUUGAGCCUACCAUUCUCAAGCGUAUUGAGGCCAAGCCGAUGUCCAUUGAAACAGCUGUUUUUCCAGCAAUGGUGAGGGAUUCUGAACUGUACUGCAUUGAGUUCUCAGGGUUUUGGAUGGAUAUUGGUCAACCUGCAGAUUAUCUAACGGGCAUGCGAUUAUAUUUGGGCCAUUUAUAUGAAUGUAAAUCACCUUUGUUAACAGUUGAUCCGAAUUUGAUAGGAAAUGUUCUUGUUCAUGAAACUGCAAAAAUAGGUCACGGUUGUCGAAUAGGCCCUAAUGUGACCAUCGGUGCAGGUGUCAUAAUUGAAGAUGGAGUACGUAUAUCUAACUCAGCUAUCUUUUCAAAAUCAAUCAUUAAAUCUCAUUCUUGGUUAAAUAAUUGUAUUGUUGGCUGGAGAUCAGUUGUUGGAAAAUGGGUAAGAAUGGAAAAUGUUACAGUUCUAGGAGAGGAUGUAACUGUGAAAGAUGAACUCUUCCUUAAUGGAGCACUUGUUCUUCCUCAUAAUUCAAUAUCACAAUCUGUUUCUGAACCACAUAUAAUUAUGUAAUCUAAUUUCUAUUGUUUGUAGUAAAUCUAGUAUAUUGUAUAUGAUACUUGUCAUUUUGUAAAACAUUUUGAUUUAGUUAUCAGUUACUGUGAAUUUGUGAACACUUUUGAACAAUGUCAUGUACUAAAAUAUUUUCAAACUUGUUAUAUUAUAGUUAUAAGUUUAUUUAUUUUUAUGAAAUCUGGAUCCAUAGCUUUUAAUAUUCUAAGAAUUUUUGAAUCUCUUAUUCCUUCAUGGGCUGCUUCUUAAUUUUCAUUAAUGUUUUUAUGCUGUUUAAUUAUUAUUAUUACUGAUUUAGUGGGGUUUUUUCUUUUCUUUCUAAUUUUAUGUGAAAUUUUUUAAGGAAGACCAUAGAAUUUAAUUCAUUUUGGUAACAUUGAUAAACAAUCAUAAAUAUGAAAGUUUGGUUUUAUAAUUUCAUUUUAUGAAAUAUUCAUUGAUAUUCAUUUUCAAUAAGUAUUUUUGUUACAGUGUCAUCUCUUCUUUUGAUAAUGUUCGAAACAAGAAUCCAUUAGAUUUUUGUAUGAGAAGAUGGAUCAUUAACUUUUUAUUCUUGUGAUGGAUGAAAAUCAAGAACAUUGAUAUUUGGUUUAUUAACUUCUUCAAGUUGAUUAGCUCUUCAAUAUGUUGUACUCUAUGCUUCUACUGUUAGAAUACGUGGUUUCUAUUAGGUAAAACAUUAAUACAAGGGGACUAAAAGUCAAACAGUAUAAAAAAUAUCUCAUGCAUAUUCCCAUCUUACAUGUAGUAGACCAAAGUGUUUUACAGGCAAUGAAUGGAGGUUUGUCACCUGACGAAAUGUAAGGGUUUGGUCACCCAUAAUCCAAAUAUUUAGAGAACUGGGUGGUUAGAGAAUUUAGUCUUUGGUUGACUUGGAGGACCAUGAUAUAGUUGUGGUUUAAAGUUUUCAUAAAAAAUAAUCCCCAUUCUUCAGGGGUUUCAAUUAAAUCCAAUAUAAACACUUCAGUCUUGUUUUGCUAGUCAAUAGGUUUGAAGAACUGAAUUAAUGGUGUAGACUUUUCGAUCAUUCAUAAACACAUUUGUAAAUCUUCGAUGAUGUAUCAUCAGUCGAUCAUCUGGUAGUUCUAUGUAGUUGAGUUGUUUUCUUUGCUCUUUUGUUAAAUUAUCGUAAACCUUUCAUUCUAUAUUAAAAUAUCGAUUGGACCAAUCGAAGAUGGUUGAUUUUAAGCGUUGUAAUUCAUUGUCAAAAACAGAGAUGACAUAGGUCUGACUGACCAAAUAUCCUAACUGACUAUGUAUAUCCCAUUCAUUUAGUUCUUUUUAUUAAUUUGUUAAACUGCCAAUAAAAUGCAUUGAGUAAAAUAAUAAGCAUUGA